GUUGAAUGCCAGUCAACCAGACUACAAAGGUGUAGUACCAUUAGCAUUAGCUUAUCUUCAAGUUAAAACUAGUGACGGUAGGCAAGCAGUUCUUGUUGCAGCUGAAGUUGGUGCUAUUGAUGUCUUAGAGUAUUUAGUAAAAGAUUGUGGAUGUGAUUUGAAUAGAGUAGGUGGAACAAACAACAUGAAUGUGUUUCAUCUUUCUACAUUGAAUGGUCAAUUUUCAUUUAUUAAAUAUAUUAUUAAUACUUAUCCACAACAUACUUAUCUAUUACAUUCUACUAAUGAUAAUGAUGCCCUACCAAUUCAUGCUGCCUGUGCUAGUCGUGUAACACAACUAGUGACAUUUCUAAUUGAUAAAAUGAAAUGUGAUAUCACAACUGAAGAUAAGAUUGGCUACACUUGUGUCACCAGGGCAUGUACCUCUGGUAAUCUUGAUCUCUUAAAAUUAUUAAUAAAACAAUACAACCUUAAUCCUAGAAUAUUUGGCAAAUCAUCAUCACCACAAGUUGCAGUGGCAAGUGGAAAUGUUCAUAUACUAGAAUGGCUCAGGCAAGAGUAUCAUAUCAAUGUAGCCUCAUUUAAGAAUGGUGCAUUACCUUUUUAUGCUGCACAUUUCAACAGUUUGUAUUGUUUAAAGCAUUUAUUAAACAAUUAUUCAUUUGAUAUUAAUGCUAUUAAUCCUUUUGAUG